AGCUUUGGUUCAGUAUCAGUGCAGCCGCGAAAGACGCCGCGCCGUCCCCUCCCGCUACGCACGGUUUAUGUGAUCUCAUUUCCUAUCUCAUAUCCAGACAUAUUUAUCCAGCAUGUCAGAAGCGAAGCCCCAGGACUCCGUGGAACAGGUGACGCAGGAGGUGAAGGCCGUCAAGCUCGAGAAUGGCGACGCGCCGGGCGCGACCAACGGAACUAAGCCUGAAGACAAUGCCGUCUCGUUUAAGGACGCCUUCAAAGCCUUCUCAAAAUUCGGUGACUCGAAAUCAGACGGCAAGCACAUCACGCUGUCCCAGAGCGACAAAUGGAUGAAGCAGGCCAAGGUCAUAGACGGCAAGAAAAUAACCACCACAGACACGGCCAUUCACUUCAAGAAGCUCAAGAGUAUGAAGUUGGCUGAGGCGGACUACCUGAAGUUCCUGGACGACUUGGCGAAGAGCAAGAAGGUCGAGUUGGACGAGAUUAAGAAGAAGUUGACAACGUGUGGGCAGCCAGGGUUGACUUCUAAUGUCACAAAAUCCCCCUCAGCCGCAGCAACAGUGGAUCGCCUGACAGACACCAGCAAGUACACGGGUUCGCACAGGAACCGGUUCGACGAGACCGGCAAGGGCAAGGGCAUCGCCGGCCGCAAGGACCUGGUCGACGGGUCCGGCUACGUGAGCGGAUACCAGCACAAGGACUCGUAUGACAAGUCGCAUUAGUUUUAAACACUGGCUGCAGGGUCGUAUAACAGAUUUCACCAGAGCAGCGCCACUCAUAAAAAACUGAAAUGUCUAUUAUUGUUAUUCUGCUUGGUCCUGUAAGCAAAAAUGAACGUUAAUUACAAACGCCUAGAGUCUACUCUGCUCACCGCAAGGUAAUAAUAAUUGCCACUUGUUUUUUUUUCGAGAGUAGCGAGAACUUGGAAGCAGAAUAACAGUCUGUAGGGUGCCGUAUGGGUUUCCUUCUACUCAUGUGAUCAUACUUAUAUGAUAAUAAAAAAUGUGCGGUGGGGUGGAGCGGCCAGAUCUUACACUUGGGAUGAAUGUAAAACCGCCCUGUUGCAUUCUGGGGCUAGAAAUCUCCCUGCGACUUAAAUCAGGCCCUGCAACUAAAAUAUUGUUAUUUAAAUUUGAUAAAGUUUCUAACAAUAAUAUACCCCACAUAACACGUUGUACAUUUCCGCUGUAAGUUUUACUAUUAACGCAUUCAUCGAUGGCGCUUUGUGUGUAGUACCUAGAUGUGUAGCGACGACAUUCCUUUCAAAUCUGUGUCUAGAUUUAUAAAUAUUUAAAAUAUUUAUAGAUAAUACAUUUCUUAAGACACUAUUUUGUAUGUGACCAGUUGUUUAAUUGUUAUGUUCUUAAUGAUUGAUUUGAAUGUAACUUUUGAUGUCUAGUCGUAAGUAGAGUUUAGAUUCAAUCUACGUAAAAGUUCAUAUUGUCAUAAUUAUAAGUUUUAUCGUUUGUUUUUGUUUUUUCGAGUUAUCGAUAUCUAUUGUACGAAAAAUAGUAAAGGAAGGAACAGUUACUUUACUUCAUACAUGUUUAUCAAGGUAUACUUUGUCUACUCAUAUGAAAAUCAUAUAUCCAGAUCCUAAAUUUAUAUGGGCCUAACUGAAACAACUAAUCAUAACAGAAUUUAAUGGUAGCUCAAAUGUGUUUAUAUAUUAAAUGGCAAUCAUGAAUAUGUUGAAGAAUUUUCUACUUUUAAUUAGUUAGAUUUCAUUUAUUUUGUAAUUUAAUUUAGUCUAUAUCUACAAAUGAAACUGGAUUUUAAAUAAUAAAAUGUAACAGAUAAUAAGGCAAAUCAAAUUUUUACAAAAGGUUUUGUCAAAACAGCUUUGUAUCGAUUUUAGUGUAUAGUUUUAUCUAUCUCAUUCUUUAAAAUAUAUCGAAACGCAAGGUAACAUAAAUGUACCUACCUACCAAUAAUAUAUUUAAAUACAAAUUAUUUAAUUUAAA